AAAGAAAAGAAGAGUUAAAAUAAUUAUUACAACCUAACCCAAUAUUGUAUUAUUGACAUUUAAAUUGCUUUUUGCUUUUUGUGUAGAGAUUGUAGAGAAGUGAGAAAAGUUUGGGAAAUAUGAAUAUCAUAAAGAAAAUUCCUAAAUCGGUUUAUAUUGGAUCUGCAAUUUGUGCAACUUAUGGAUUCGCCACACUUUUUAAGGAAUCGUUUGCAGGAGAACGAUACAAAGGCAUUCAAGAUAUCAAGGAUAAAGUUGUAAUUGUAACUGGUGCAAAUACUGGCAUAGGAAAAGAAACUGCAUGGGAACUGGCAAGAAGAGGAGCAAAAGUUUACAUGGCUUGUAGAGAUAUGACUCGUUGUGAAGAGGCUCGUGAAGAAAUAGUAUUAGAUUCUAAAAAUAAAUAUGUUUAUUGUAGACCAUGUGACCUGGCUUCACUAGAAUCAAUAAGAAAGUUUGUGAAAAUUUUCAAUACUGAAGAAAAAAAAUUAAAUAUAUUAAUCAAUAAUGCUGGAGUAAUGAGGACGCCCAAAGGCUCUAAAACUCGAGAAGGAUUUGAAAUGCAACUGGGUGUAAAUCAUUUAGGUCAUUUUUUAUUAACAAAUUUACUUUUGGACAAUUUAAAGAACUCAGCACCUAGUAGAAUAAUAGUUCUUUCAAGUGUAGCACAUUCUAGAGGAUCCAUUGAUAAGGAUGAUUUGAAUUGUACCUUAAAAUACAAUCCUGGCAAGGCUUAUGAGCAAAGCAAAUUAGCUAAUGUGUUGUUUGUUAAUGAAUUAGCUGAAAGAUUGAAGGGUACUGGUGUAACAGUAAAUUCAGUAAAUCCAGGCAUUGUUGAUACUGAACUUGCACGUCACAUGGGUUUUUCUAAAAGUUCAUUUGCAAGUAUUAUUUUUAAACCACUAUUCUGGCCGUUCAUUAAAAGUCCUAGGCAAGGGUGCCAACCUGUUGUUUACUUAGCGCUGGAUCCUGAAGUUGGUGAUGUUAGUGGAAAAUAUUUUGACAACUAUAGUCCAAAAGAACUCACUGGUGAAGCUAUUGAUGUAAACUUAGCCAAAUGGUUAUGGAGAGUAAGUGAAAAAUGGACAAGAUUAACAACGUAGAAAUGCAGUGUAUAGGCAGGGUUAUUAAUUAAUUUUUUAAAAUAUAUUUUAUUUAUUAUAUUUAGUUUUAUUACAUUCAGAAAUCAUUUGGGUAUUCAUCUUUUUCAUUUAGGUACUCGGAUUUUUCACCUGGGCCUUCAACUUGUUUAUCCAGGCCUUUGAGAUUUUCAUCUAGACCUUCAACUCUUUCAUCUGCCAGGAAAAAGGUCUCGUUUCCUAAUUUGUUUAUGAUAUCAUCCCCAUCGAUUUUGACGAGUCCACAAGAAGUUUUGUAGAGGGCCUUGGCGACAUGAAUGUCCUUCAACAGUUCCGCUGGUUCUUUGAAAUCACAGUCGCUAGAUAAAAAAUAAUAAUAAAAUAAUGCAAGACUAGAUAUCGUAUUGUAAACAUUUGAUGUUGCUGACAAAUUAUAUUCAUAUUCACUGAGCACGAACGAACAACUAAAUUCAUUCAAAUUUACGAACAAGAGACAGAACAAGUAUAGCAAGUUCUCUUCAAUUCGUUAUAGGAAUCUUCAGAUACAAAUUUUAAAAAACAUUGGACAUUGGGCAUAAAAUAGCAGAUUCAUUAUGAAUAAUUAAAACAAUAUGCCGAUGGAAUAAGUCGGUACACUAUUCAUGGUAGUGAAGGCGUUAUCUUACAGCUCUUAUUUAUAAGUAAAAACAACUCACCUAAAGUAAAAACCAGAAGUUUUUUUCAAAUUCGAAUUCAAGGCAACAUGCAAAAUAGUUUGACAACCUUGUUUUGGUGUUUUCAAGCACAACCACACCCAGGGCCAUGUUGAAAAUCGUGUCCAGGCAGAUUUUAGAAGUGGAAGAUUCUGGAGAUGUGCUGUGCCUCUCACCAAACCGGGACUUACAGCGUUGCAUGUUAUUGUUGUAUCUAAAAGAGGACACUUAGGUACUCUUUUUUGUAAGAUAUUUUUUUUUGGUAUAGGUUCAUAAGUACCUAUACAAAUGUAAUAACAUUGCAUUAAAUUGAAUAACGGUAUUUACUUUUAUUAAGUAGAGUUGCCAGAUAUUUCGUAAAGAUUGUCAGGGCUAAUUUGCUUUGAGAAUAAGCGUCAGCUUCAUUGUAAUUAUCUUUGUUCAUAUUCAAUGCUUCCACUUUUAGUUUCCCGUUGAAAUGAGCCAUGGCAGACACGUUAAUGAUUCUUCCAUGUUCGGAUUUAUUUAGCAUCGGAAGAAGAAGGUGUGUUAGAAAAAAUGGACCUAGAAUAAUCGAAUUUUUAUCAAAUGGAUACAAUAGUAACACAAUCUCACCUAAAUAGUUGGUAGCAAUUGUUAAUUCGUUGCCAUCUAUAGUCUUUGUAUACGGCUGAUGAAUAACUGCAGCGUUAUUGAUCAAUACAUCGAUUUUUUCAUAUUCAACUUCGAUUUGAUCUACAAAGUUCCUGAUACUAUCCAUUUCGGAUAUGUCCAAUAGUUUGACUGUAACUUGGGAUUUUUUAUAAUUUUCUUUAAUUUUUUCCAAUGCGCGUUUUCCUUUUUCGGCGUUUCGUACUGCCAUAAUGAU